AUGGUACCUACAAUCAAAGGUGGACUACCAGAUUGUAAUUGUUGUCAAAGUGGUGACGAUAAAGUGGUGCGUUUGAUUGCACGAUCUGCUGUUCAAGGAACGAAAUAUUGGCUUCAUAUACACCAACAAGAAGAUCUCAAUGGACUUUUAUCACGCUUAUGUUCACUUUAUCCCAAUGAAUGGCAAUCAAAUGUCACUUACAAUGUUUAUGUCGAUGUAGGUGGUAUUUAUUAUCCUAUUGAAAAUGCUUUUUGGUUAAGAGAUAGAGAUCAUAUUCUUGUGACAACUAUGACUGAUAUUUCCGAUAUUCCAGAUAUUGAUAUGAAUGCAGUGCAUGCAAGCCUUCGUGAUGAUAUUGUACUUCAAGAACACCAGGAGGAAGGGAUACGACAAAUGAUUCAUAUGGAACAAACUAGCCGUGGAGGUGUCUUGGCUGACGAAAUGGGACUUGGAAAGACUUUACAGAUCUUGGCUACGCUUUUACGACAACAACCAAAGUUAGAUAUUCAAGCACGAACGUUGAUCAUAGUGCCAUCACAUGGUAUUGCUCACCAAUGGACAGAAGAAAUACGCACAAAAUCAAAAUAUGGUAGUUUACCUUAUUUUAUUUAUCAAGAGGAAACAAUCUUUUUAUUGGAACAACCAUGCUUCAAGGUAGUGAUUACAACUUAUGACCGUGUGCGAUCUGAGUACCAGCGACGAUAUCAACAAAACUUAUCUGCUCCUUUAUUUAAUACCAAUUGGUAUCGUAUUGUAUUAGAUGAAUGUAAUAAACUACGCAACGUACGAACAAAACUAUAUGACGCCAUUGUGGAAUUGCGGGCAACUUAUCGAUGGUGUUUGACAGGAACUCCUCUUCAGAAUGAUGUUUCCGAACUUUAUCCUAUUUUCAGAUUCCUAGAUAUUGAUUUACCUAUAGCAAAACGAAGUGAUAUCAAUUAUAUAUCAGAUCUUCUUGGAAAACACAUGAUACGACGGAAAAAGGAGGACCUUCAAAAUGCAUUGGCUAUGGAACCCAGAAAGGAAAUUCGAAUUGAAUUGGAAUUUACACCACCUGAACGUGCACUCUAUGACUAUUUGGAACAAAUUUUAUACAAGCAACUUCAAACUAUAUCCCGUAGGAAGAAUACAAAGGAAGAAGGUUUAAGGGCAUCUUUACUUUAUCUACGAUUGAAACAAGAUCUGAUUCCUACUUCACUUACAAAAUCAGAUGAAGAAGUAGCAAAAAUGUUGAACUCUGAUACUGGUUGUAAUUGGACUGCUGAUCGACGAAAACUUGAUUCUGAACUCAAGCAUGUAUGUGAUACUAUCAGAGACUUUUAUGACCAAUGUGGUGAUGAUGACCAAAUUACUCAACCUGAUAUGGAUGAACUAGAAAAAUUACCUUUUAUGAUUCGAUCUACUAAAGUCUCUUGGCUUAUCAGUUUUUUACAAGAAUCACUUGAAAAAUCUCCAGAGGAUAAGAUUGUAGUGGUUUCUCAGUUUGUUGAUUUCUUAUCUAUUAUAUCUGAUAUUUUGAAAAGUGUCAACAUUACACAUGAAAGCUAUGUCGGUGAUAUGCCAAACUCGGAACGAAGAUUUUGUUUGGAACGAUUCAAUUUUCAACCUCGAUGUCAAGUAUUAUUAUUAUCUUUGAAAGCAGGUGGUGUUGGAUUGAACCUUCAAUGUGCAAAUCAUAUGGUACUUCUUGAUCGAUGGUGGAAUCCAGGUAAGAAGAGUAACAGCAAAGAGACAUAG